AUGAAAUCGGAGAGGAUAGUGACCACAGUAGUGUAUUCACCCUUUUGUGGAUUUGAACCUAAUGUAUCAGCCUUGGAUAGGUUAGUUCAGCUAAUGGAAGAACAAAAACGAUCGAUGGAAGAACAAAAACGAUCGGUGGAUGAACAAAAACGGAAGAAAAUUCGCGAGACAAAAGAGAGUUUAGAUAAAUUUGGUGAAAAAGUAGACGAAAAUUCCAGAAAUGUGUCAACUAUAGAAGGGGAAUUUGUCACCUUGAAAGAGGAAUACCAAAAAUUCGAAGAGAGACUAGAUUCCAUAGAAAAUUUCGAAAAAGUUGCUACUGUAGAAGUGUUACAAUUGAAAAAACUCAACAAAGAAUUCAACAAAAAUGAACAAAGAAGUAGAAGAAAAUCUGAAUACAAACUAGAAGAAAACACUCUGACAAAUUUCUUUAACAGUAGUGAUGCAGUAGCGGUUGUUGAUAGUGAUAAGAACAGAUCUGAUGAGUAUGGUUUAGUGAGAAUGUUGAGUGACUGUGAAAUGAGUGAAAAAGCUGAUAAUGGUGCUGUAUGCGUGGAAGCUGAUGUACAUGUGCUUGGAAAUGGAAGUGAGAAUGACAGAGUAAUUCCAGAUGAAAUUUCAGUAGAUAAUAGACAGGAAAAUUAG